AUGUCCCCCAUGAUGCAGCUGCUCAUCCCAGCCAUCCUCUGCCUGCUGGGCUCCUGCUGCCUCCAGGUCACGGAGGCACGGCAAUAUGAGUCCAUCCUCUCAGUGCCCAACGGAGGACCCUGGGGGUCCUGGGGGCACGAACGCUUUUGUCCCAGUGGCUACGCUAAGGGAUUUGAAGUGAAGGUGGAGCCCUACCAGGGAUUUUGGCUGUUUGGCGAUGACACAGCUCUGAACGGCGUCCGCCUGUUCUGCACAGACGGCACGGUCAUCGAGUCCUCUGUUGGGCGGUGGGGAAACUGGACCAAGGCCCAGUUCUGCCCCAGCAACAAGCUGGUUUCCUUCUCACUGCGUGUGGAGGAGAGGCAGCACCUGCGUGACGACACGGCAGCCAACAACGUGAGGUUCACCUGCUCAGAUGGGACAAAGCUGGAGGGCUGGGGACUUUCAGGAGGCCACUUCGGCCCAUGGAGCAGCUGCACCUCCGGGGCCAUCUGUGGGCUCCAGACAAAGGUGGAGGAACCCCAAGGAAAGGGGGAUGACACAGCUUUCAAUGACAUGAGACUCUUCUGCUGUGAAUAA